AUGGUGCUGGCUGGCAGCCCACCUGCCUGCCUCUCACUGCACUCCUUUCUGCUCACAGCCACCUCUAACCUGGACCUUGAGAGCAAGAAAGCAUCCCAUGCCAAGCUGUCAUGGCAGCAACCCGUGAACGUGUUCCUGGCGGCCGGGCGCCCGCCGGGCAUGGAGGAGCUGCACCAGGAGGCCCAGCUCAACCUCCAGAGCUUGCUGCAAGAGGAGUAUGAGGAGCAGUACGCUGAGAGCAGGGUCACUGGGCAGACCUUCCGAGCUGCUGGUCACCUGUCCCCCAGCACCCCCCCCGAGCCAUCGCCCCGACCCCCACCUGCCAAGCGCCUCGAGUUUGUGCCUAUGCCCCCGAGCCAGCAAACAACUGAAGGGGAGACCACCAGCACGACCUCGCUCAGCGCUCGGCCGCCUGACACCUCCCUGAGCCUCCCCACCAGCCCGGACAAGCAGCCAGCCUGGCCCAGGGCCUUCCCCCUGCCCACCAUGGAGGAGAAGCAGUGGCACCAGUCCUGCUCCAUCCAGACCAACAUCGUUCCUAUCAACGUCUCAGGGCAGCACUUGGCUAGGCACGCGAGUGCUCGUCACUCCCUCUUUAACACAGAGACCGCCAUGAAUCCCAAGUCCACCCUGCGGCGCAGACGGACCGUUAUUGGAUUCCCUAACCUGUCCCUGCGAGACCAAGGCAGUGCCAACGGCCCCAAACUCAACACACACGCUCCCAUCGCCGAGUCCCUCUCCUGCAGCUUUGUCCCCGAGACCACCAGCGGGGGGAAGGGGCCCCAGGAGACGAGCCCCCCCCAGCCCCUCUCUGCCCCGCUGAGGAAGACCUUCAGCGAACUCGGGCGCCCCAAGAGCCUGUGCAUCCCCCCGGUGCUCCGGGCCCACCGGCUGGUGCAUGCCGACCCCCAAGGGAGGGAGCCUGAUGGCAUGGCCACCCCCCACCAGUGGCACCUGCCAGACUGGAAGGCUGGUGAUCCCUACCGGUCCCUCUCCAGCUCGAGCACGGCCACAGGGACCACAGCCAUCGGGUGCACCAAGGCACGGGGCAGCUCUGAGUCCCUGGCAUCCCCCUCCAUCUCCAGGGCCACAACACCAUCCCAGCUCUCCACCGAGGCAGACCUCAAGACCUCCUCGCCAGGCAGGCCCACAGGGCUGAUGUCCCCAUCCAGCGGGUAUUCCAGCCAGUCAGAGACACCAACCCCCACCGUUCCCACCUCCGCCAUCCUGGGUCACUCCCCGCACCAGGUGCGGGUGAGGCCACUGGUCCCCGAGAGGAAAUCCUCACUGCCCCCCACAUCCCCCAUGGAGAGGAGCCCCAAGUCCAGGUUGUCCUUCGACCUGCCACUCACGCCGCCUGCCCACCUCGACCUCUCAGGGCUGAAGAUCUCCCUGAAGGGGAAGACGAAGGUCAGCAGGCACCAUUCCGACUCCACCUUUGGCACCAAGCUGGCCCAGAAGACCAGCCCCAUCACGCCCAUCAUGCCGGUGGUGACGCAGUCCGACCUGCGCUCCGUCCGACUCCGCUCCGUGAGCCGCUCGGAGCCCGAGGACAACGCGGACGGCGCGGAGCACGCGGAGGAGCCAGCCCGUGCUCCCUGCCGUGAGGGGAGGGUGAAGCCGCCAGUGGCAGAGAAGCCACCGCUGGCCAAGCGUCCCCCAAACAUCCUGCCCAAGCCCCUAGUGCUGCGGGAGGAGGGUCCCCUGUCCCCCACGUCCCCGCCAGGUGCCGCCACCAAGGAGAAGGGGCUGCAGCAGGACAGCUUCGUGGUGCUGCGGAAAGGGGAGCUGAGGAGGGACCUGGGGGCACCCCCGGCGGGACCCCGGCGGCUCUCGCAGGGCAGCCUGGAGGACGAGCUGCAGCCGGAGCGGCGCGGGGCCGGCGAGGGGCAGCGCAGGAAGGCCAAGGUGCCGCCGCCGGUGCCCAAAAAGCCCAGUGUGCUCUACCUGCCGCUCGCCCUGGCCCCAGGCCAGCUGGGAGCCAGUGGGGUGGACCAGCCACCCACCCCCAGCCCCAUCAUUACGCUGGACACCGAGCCCACCUUCUGCCACUCCAACACCCAGGACCCACUGUCCCCAGAGGCCCUCGGCACAGCAGAAGCUGGUGAACCCACCUCAGAGCAAGGCAGCUCAGCAGAGGCUGUCACGGAGAAGAGCUUUGCCAGUGACAAGACGGCCGACUCCAUCGCGGAGGAGGACGACGAGGUGUUUGUGGCAUCCCGCACCACCGAGGAUCUCUUCACCGUCAUCCACAGGUCCAAGAGAAAGGUCUUGGGGCGGAAAGAGCCCAGUGACACCUUUGGCAGCCGGCCCAACUCCCACUCGCCUGUAAAGACUUCAGGCUCUCCAACCAGUGAGUCCCCAGCAGCAGUGGGCAGCCCUGGGAAGUGCUCCAGCAAAUUUAAAGCCCUGCUGCAGAAGAAGAGCAGCAAAACCAGCCCUGGUACCCGGCCUUCUGCUGCUGAACUGCUCAAGACCACAAACCCGCUGGCUCGGAGGGUCAUCACGGAGUUUGCCCCUGAGCUAGAUGGUGCCAACAGCCCCAAAAGCCAGCCCUAA